UUUUCUUUCCCGACCGACACUCGGCGUCAGAGCUGACACGAGUUUGAGACCAGCGAGAGAGAGAGAGAAUGGCGAUGGUGAGGGCCGCUCUCCGCAGGCUAUCGACGUCCGCUAAGCACUGUCGGCCACCCUUCAAUGGAGGCUCCGUUUACUCUCUGUCAUCUCUUCCCGAUCAGGCUGCGUUUGAGAAGGAAAAAUCUCGUAUCACGUGGACUAAGCAACUCAAUGCUCCGCUUGAGGAGGUAGAUCCGGAGAUUGCGGACAUUAUCGAGCUCGAGAAAGCGAGACAAUGGAAGGGGUUUGAACUUAUUCCUUCUGAGAAUUUCACUUCAGUGUCAGUUAUGCAAGCAGUUGGAUCUGUUAUGACAAACAAGUACAGUGAAGGUUAUCCUGGUGCAAGAUAUUAUGGUGGGAACGAGUAUAUUGACAUGGCAGAAUCAUUGUGUCAAAAACGUGCUUUGGAAGCAUUUCAGUUGGAUCCAAAACAAUGGGGAGUAAAUGUACAGUCAUUGUCUGGAUCCCCUGCUAAUUUUCAAGUGUACACUGCAUUGCUUAAACCCCAUGAAAGAAUCAUGGCACUUGAUCUUCCUCAUGGUGGACAUCUUUCACAUGGUUAUCAGACUGACACAAAGAAGAUAUCUGCUGUCUCCAUAUUUUUUGAAACAAUGCCUUAUCGGUUAAAUGAGACGACUGGCUACAUUGAUUAUGAUCAGCUAGAAAAAAGUGCAGUACUUUUUAGACCAAAGCUUAUAGUUGCUGGUGCAAGUGCCUAUGCACGUCUUUAUGAUUAUGAGCGUAUUCGUAAGGUCUGUGACAAGCAAAAAGCUGUUUUAUUGGCUGACAUGGCACACAUCAGUGGGUUGGUCGCAGCAGGUGUUAUCCCCUCCCCGUUUGAUUAUGCAGAUGUAGUCACCACAACAACACACAAGUCACUUCGUGGGCCACGUGGUGCCAUGAUCUUUUUCAGGAAGGGGGUUAAGGAGGUUAAUAAACAAGGGCAAGAGGUGUUGUAUGAUUUUGAAGAGAAAAUCAAUGCUGCUGUCUUUCCUGGACUUCAAGGUGGUCCACAUAAUCAUACAAUUGCUGGCUUAGCUGUUGCACUCAAACAGGCCACUACUUCAGAAUACAAGGCAUACCAAGAACAAGUUCUUAGAAAUUGCUCAAAAUUUGCUCAGAGUUUGGUGGAGAAAGGCUACGAGCUUGUUUCCGGUGGAACAGAUAAUCAUCUUGUCUUGGUGAAUCUUAAAAAUAAGGGGAUUGAUGGAUCUAGAGUUGAAAAGGUGUUGGAACUGGUUCAUAUUGCUGCAAAUAAAAAUACAGUGCCCGGUGAUGUCUCUGCCAUGGUUCCCGGUGGCAUUCGAAUGGGAACACCUGCUCUCACAUCUAGAGGGUUCAUGGAAGAGGAUUUUGUCAAAGUAGCAGAAUAUUUUGAUGCUGCUGUUAAAUUAGCUCAAAAGAUUAAGGCAGCAGCGAAAGGAACAAAGUUGAAGGAUUUUUUGGCCACAAUCCAAACAGAUGCACAUUUCCAAUCUGAGAUUCAAAAGCUCCGUCAUGAUGUGGAGGAGUACGCAAAGCAAUUUCCAACAAUUGGGUUUGAAAAGGAGACAAUGAAGUACAAGGAUUAAUUGAGAAUCUUCUCAUGAAUGCAAGAAGAUCGCAUGAGUCGGUGAAAUUAUUUUUUGUGCUGGUCGUCAGGAUGGAUUGUUUGAUUAGACAACUUGCUCGGCAUGAAUACGUUUAUGAACGGCAAACUGGACUUCGCUCUUGGAAGAACAUGCUGGUAGAGAUCUACCAAAAUAUUAUUGUAUGUUAUUGGGUUUCUCUCCUGUGGUCUUUUCGAGACCCACACCCACGAGGGAGAGAGAGGUGGAGGAUCAAAAUUUAUCGAAAAUCAUGAAUUUUGUUCGUGAAGUUUACCCGUGAAUGCUUAAAGUUCAUCUUUAAUGAA